AUGCACAAAGCUGUGCAGACUCACGGCAGCCACUCAGGCCAACUGGCCACUCAGGCGGGCACUGAGCUGCAGGAGUUUUUGCAUACUCCAGUGGCUUCCAGAACUCUGGCGCAGCGUUCUCAACACCGCCAACGGGCACAAAGCCAAUACCCCAAGGCCGAACUCACGCCUGCGUACUCAAUCACCAGCGGAACCCUCUCCACUAGGCUCCGCGUCGAGGCCCUACGGGGCGUCAGUACGCACGCGUACUUUGUGUCCCAGGUAGCUUGUCUCAUAGCCGAGUACGCCUCUGCAUUCCGGUCACCGGGAGCGGGGCCGUGGGGCUGCACAUGCGCACUGCGAGUCCUCGCCUACUCCCAGAAACCACCCGGGCGCAUUGGCGGUGCGGCCGCUGCUUCAGCUCUGCAUUUCCAGGACUCGGUCACUAUUCAGGACACUGUUCCAGCGCAGUGCGCAUUAGCCAUGUCUCAGGGAUCAGUGACAUUCCAAGAUGUGGCCAUUGAUUUCUCCAAGGAAGAGUGGGGAUUCCUGAACCCUGCUCAGAGAGAUUUGUACACAACUGUGAUGUUGGAGAAUUAUCAGAACCUGGUCUGGCUGGGACUUUCCAUUUCUAAAUCUGUGAUUUCACUGUUGGAGAAAAGGAAACUGCCUUGGAUAAUGGGAAGAGAAGAGAUAAGAGGCCCAUUGCCAGAUGUGCCAGGUGCAGAGAUUAAGGAGUUAUCUGCAAAGAGGGCUAUUAAUGAAGUAUUAUCUCAGUUUGACACAGUGAUAAAAUGUACAAGAAACGUAUGUAAGGAAUGUGGAAAUGUAUACUGCCACAAUACGCAGCUUACUCUCCGUAAGAGAAAUCAUACACGAAAGAAAUGCAAUCAGUGUUUAGACUGUGGGAAAUACUUCACUCGUCGAUCAACUCUCAUUCAGCAUCAAAGAAUCCACACGGGAGAGAGACCCUAUAAAUGUAAUGAAUGUAGUAAAACCUUCAACCAGAGGGCACACCUUACCCAGCAUGAGAGAAUUCACACUGGUGAGAAACCUUACAAAUGUAAGGAAUGUAGGAAAACCUUCAGCCAGAUGAUUCAUCUCACACAGCAUCAGACUACACAUACAAAAGAAAAGUUCCAUGAAUGCAGUGAAUGUGGAAAGGCCUUCAGCCGUUCCUCAGCUCUUAUGGAUCACCAGCGAAUUCAUAGUGGAGAAAAGCCGUAUGAAUGUAAGGAGUGUGGCAGAGCCUUCACUCAAAGUGCCCAGCUCAUUAGACAUCAGAAAACUCAUUCUGGAGAAAAACCCUAUGAGUGUAGUAAGUGUAAGAAAUCUUUUGUGCGCCUGUCUUCCCUGAUUGAACAUUGGAGAAUUCACACUGGAGAAAAACCAUAUCAAUGUAAGGACUGCAAAAAGACCUUUUGUCGUGUCAUGCAGUUCACUCUGCACAGGAGAAUUCAUACUGGUGAAAAACUCUAUGAAUGUAAGGAAUGUGGAAAGUCCUUCCGCGCCCAUUCUUCUCUUGUUACUCAUAAGAGAACACACAGUGGAGAGAAACCGUAUAAAUGCAAAGAAUGUGGAAAAGCCUUCAGUGCGCACUCUUCCCUUGUUACUCAUAAGAGAACACACAGUGGAGAGAAACCCUAUAAAUGCCAUGCCUGUGGGAAGGCCUUUAAUACUUCCUCCACACUUUGUCAACAUAAUAGAAUUCAUACUGGUGAAAAACCCUUUCAGUGCAGUCAAUGCGGGAAGUCCUUUAGAUGCAGCUCUCACCUUACUCGACACUGUAGAAUGUGUAAUGGAAAAUGUUAGCAAAUAACCAAAACUCAAAAUGUUAAUUCUGGUUAUUCUGUAUCAUCACCAGUACUUUGUACUCUGAGUCUUUUUAAAUAUGCUAUCUUAGUUUGUAUGGAAUGAUAUUUCAUUGCACUUUUAAUUUAACUUAAAAAUGCCUUCCCUUGACUGUUGAUAUAUAUUUUUUGUGAAGUGUGUGUUGAAGUCUUGCAGAUUAUUUUUUAAAUUAGAGGUUUUUCAUUAGGUAUAUCUCCUAAUGCUAUCCCUCCCCCCUCCCCCUAAUGUAAAUGACGAGUUAAUGGGUGCAGCACACCAACAUGGCACAUGUAUACAUAUGUAACCUGCACGUUGUACACAUGUACCCUAAAACUUAAAGUAUAAUAAAAAAAAAUUAGAGGUU